UUCCAAGACAAGUUGCCACGUGCAUUUCUCCGUUGAACUGUUGGUGUUGCUCUCACUCUUACAAUGCUUCCUUGGAAAUAGCGAUUUCAUAUCUGGCAACAUCAAUUUUCUUAUCGUUAUCUCUGAAGUACGUUCUUCUUGUCUUUGCUUGUUAAGCUUUUGCUUUCAAACUCAAAAUCCUCUCUUCCUCAACUUCUAAUCUGGGAUUUUGAUCCAUAAAACUUCACGACACUCAAAGUAUAAAUUGAAGAAAUUUGCUUGAUUGGUAAUGGCGAGGACUGGCAACAAGAAUAUACAAGCCAAGCUGGUACUUCUUGGAGACAUGGGAACUGGGAAAACAAGUUUGGUACUGAGAUUUGUCAAAGGCCAAUUUUUUGAUUUCCAGGAAUCAACAAUUGGAGCAGCAUUCUUCACACAGGUUUUGUCAUUAAAUGAAGCCACUGUAAAGUUUGAUAUAUGGGAUACUGCUGGGCAGGAACGGUACCAUAGCUUGGCUCCAAUGUAUUACCGUGGUGCAGCUGCAGCUGUUGUUGUUUAUGACGUCACGAGCAUGGAUUCAUUUGAAAAAGCUAAGAAAUGGGUUCAAGAAUUGCAAAGACAGGGAAAUCCAAAUUUGAUAAUGUUUUUGGUGGCGAAUAAGGUUGACUUGGAAGAUAAGAGAAAAGUGGGAUAUGAGGAUGGUGAGCUAUAUGCUAAAGAAAAUGGCCUAUCUUUUCUUGAAACAUCUGCAAAGACUGCACAAAAUGUCAAUGAACUCUUUUAUGAAAUAGCAAAAAGAUUGGUAAAAGCUAACCCUUUUCGUCGAGCCGGAAUGAAGUUACAUACCGGACGCCAAGAAGGUGGAAGUAGAGGGUUUUGUUGCUCUUCAUAAUGCCUAGACUUGCUGCUUGAAUUGAUAUUGCAAAUGAGACAGGAGCCGUUGGCAGGUGAUCACAGUCAGAAGGCUGUGCUACUCUUUGGACAAACUGAUUCUAUUGCAUACCCUGUAAUAUGUACAUGUGGAGUUUUACUACAAAGGCUUUGUGAAUAUUUGGAAAUGUUUUGAAGAAAUUAUUAUGCAACUGAAAUGAAUAAAAAUGUACUAAUCACUGUGCUGCUAGGCAAGGAUUUGAACUUGCAUAUGUUUGGAAGUACUCUGUGAAAAGCAUUAUCGGAAAGAAGAAAAUAUUUUUUAAAAAAGAAAAA